AUGGAUUUAAACAGCACAUUUCUUAGUUCGUCAGCAAUACUAGCAGAGGAGCUGAUAUCUAAAAAAGAUGAGUUACACCAAAAAAUUGAUAAAUUUCAAGAAAAUGUUUUAAAAGAACAAGAAAUUACACAAAAGCUUCUGAAACGCGUUCUCGAAGAAGUCAAAGCUAAUGGCAAUUCCAAGAGUAGCACACGCAAGCCGAUAAUGCCGAAAACACCGUUUAAAGAAGAAAAUGAUUUUAAAGACUUUGAGGCCAAAAUAGAAAAAUCGGAAAACAAAUUUAAUGACUUGGUUGCCGAUUUUUUGAGCAUAAUUUGUGGCAAUUCAUCAAAAUUUUUAAAAGAAGCAUGGCGGAAAAUUAUGACCGACGAAGUAGCCCAAAAAUUGUGCUGGCAAGGAACAAAUAAUAAAACGCCCGUUCGAGCUUUAAGUGUAACAACAGCACUAAAACAAGCGUACAAUCUAAAAUUUGCAACUGCAGCUUCCGACAGCGAGUUCGAAAGGACA